AUGGCCUAUAGUAAGUUUAAGAUUUGCGCUACUCGCGCUCCGUUAAAACGUGAUGAUAAAACUUGGGGUUGUUCAUUUGAUGUCCAAUUUAAAGGUGGUAAAGAUGGUAAAAUUGGAUUAUGGAGUGCAGUAACUGAUGAAAAAAAAGUAAUGGAAAUUAAUAUGAUAUGUUUGGAUAAUGAUUAUUCAUGGCGUUUAGCUGUUGAAGCUGCUAGACAUCUUUCUAAUGAUAAAUUUUCUCCACAAGGAAUAUUUGUUUAUAAAUUAAGAUUAAGUAAAUUUGCAAAUAUUUCAGCUGGUGUAGAAAUUACUAUGGAUAAAGAAGAACCAGUUAGUGUUACAUAUGGAGUUACGUUUUAUAAAAAAUCUUGGGACGAUGAUUUUGCUUAUAAUACUGCUUUGGAUAUUGGAGAGAUUCCUGAAUGGCAUCCUAAUGAUAUAAUUUAUGAUCAAAAAAUUGGUGGUAUUAAAGGUUUAAUCGAUGAAAUUCGAAAUUUCUUGGAUCAGUUACAACACAAUAUUCCAGCACCUCGUACAUCUUACUAUUAA